GAGAUCACGUGACCAAAUAGCAUGACCUCGUCUUUUUGAUGUACGACAGCUGCAGCUAAAUUUUACACAAACUAGAUUAUGAGAUUUUAACUUCUUCGAAGUGAUAAGUAUUUUUUUAAACCUACAAAUACAGUUCAAUAAAGGGCGGGUAUUACAGCUGUACAACAGAACGUCGCAUUGUUUUGUGUUUCUGGACGUUUUUCCUGAGUUAGCCUUCCGACGUUAGCGCGUUAGCUACAGCUGAGCUAGCAUUGAUUAACAUGAAUAUAGACAACGUAAAUCAGUCUGUAACUACAGGAGUUCCUUCGACGACGUCUUCAACUUCAAGUAAUUGCAUCGCGAAUGAUAAUGUAGCAACCAGCGUCUGCAGCAUUCCUUCGGCUACGAACAAUGCUGGAGCCUCAGCUGCUGUGUCAACACCAUCGAUAGACUCUUCAGUUUCCAAUGGUGUUUACCUUCCUGGUGGGAUCACUAAUGGAGACAUAAAGCCUGCCAUCUCCACCACACCUCUGGCAGAUUUCCUCAUGCAGCUGGAGGAUUACACUCCCACAAUUCCUGAUGCAGUUACAGGCUAUUACCUCAACAGGGCAGGCUUUGAGGCUUCUGAUCCACGGAUAAUUCGUCUGAUCUCCCUGGCUUCUCAGAAGUUUAUCUCUGAUAUUGCAAACGAUGCGCUUCAGUACUGCAAAAUGAAGGGAACAGCAUCAGGAAGCUCCAGAAGUAAAACAAAGGAUAAGAAGUACACUCUGACGAUGGAGGACUUGACUCUUGCUCUUUCUGAGUAUGGUGUGAAUGUCAAGAAACCUUAUUACUUCACCUGAAACCCUUUCUUCAGUGCUUUUGUUCGUAUCAAGCUCCCUUCUGAGUCUGUCAUAACCUCUAUUGCUAAAUGUUUUUCAGCAAUAAUUUGAAAAAUCCAUUUUCACUUUGCAGUUUGACAUUUUCUGUGAACCUACAUUUGUGUUUAGUUAAACUGUGGAAUUUUGUUUGUGGAAAUAAAAUCUUUACCACAUGA